AUGCCUCAAAAUGAUUCUGGAAGCCAAAAAUCUUCUGCCGGGGACCCUUCCGGCUCGUUACAGGGCUCAUUAGCCGAUAAAUACGACCGUUUUAGCUCAUCCAACAUGCAUCUCGGCAAAUUGAGCUCGAAGAUGAACAUCGAAAAUAACACGCUGACAAUAGGAGGAUCUACUGGAGCCAGACGCUUGGGCAAGCCUAGACUCACGCUAAACUCAAAUCUGGGGCGAAAUGCGAUAUCUCAAUUGAAGUCUGAAAAAGUUGAACCAGGCACACCUUUAAGUCCUGGCAACACUGAGACUAAAACCCCGGAGUUGGAUGACAUUUCAGGAAUUUCGUUUACAGUCAACAGUAGGCCGAAACGGAACUUUCAAAUGGAAUUGGUGUUGCAUGAGCCGAGAUUUUCGGAGGAAACGAUCAUGUUCGAUCUCGCGAGCAUACCUGGAAUAAAGGAAGGAGAUCUAGCGGAGUUGAAAACCUAUAGGGGCAAAAACAGUGCCAAGGGCAAGAAGAUCUAUUUUGUUGUCAAAGGUUUCGAUAAAGACUUGCGGAAAAGAUACAAGGACACUCAAAUAUCGAUACUCUCAGGGCCUUUACAGCAUUUACUGGGGUUGCCUACAAGGUCCAAAGUUUGGAUAAAAGCGAAAAGUAAGGAAGAUUGCCAGGCGGAUCUAGUUGAGCUUCAUGUAAGGGAUUGUUUGGUGCACCGUGGUGAUAUGUGGAUAUUUUCGUCAGAGCUGGUCGGAAGCUGUGUCUACGCCGAGCAGAAGCUUACUUUCGUGGACAGCAUCAGAGCGACCGUGAAGCAAAUAUAUCGUAAUGGGAAAAAAGUGCUUUCGGGUUACAUCGGUGACGAAACAAAGAUCGUUUAUCGAUCUGAAUCAGCACGCUUGAUUUUCCUUGUUCAAAUAACAGACGAAAUGUGGCAUUUCGAGGAAAAUGGUGACAUUUUUUUUUACAAAGUGGUAAAUGCCUUGUUUCCAACUAUUUUUAAAAAGUGGAGAAACAUUGGCACUCACCACACAAUUACCAUUGUCUUUUCUGCUUCACUGGAUCUAUCAGAUGUCCCAUUUACUGACGUCCCGGAUGGUGAGCGGCGCCCCAAUGACGUCAAGGACUACUAUCGUAUUGUUGUCGAUCAAGUAAACAUUGUCCACUGGACAGAAAUAAUGAAAACAUUGAGGCGGGAGUUUUUCAAAAUCGCCAGAGAUCUCAAAACAUUCAAGAGAGCGGACGGAGUUUCGAUGUUGAGAGGAAGGUUCUCUCCAGCGCCAAAAUCAAACAUUCUGGAGACCAUUUGCAUGGCGACUACGUUUUUAACAAAUCCAUUCCGCCAACCAGACCUCAGAAAAACAGGUGCUCAUGUCAUAAUCAUAAGUCCGGGGUCAUGCAUAUAUGACGUUGACUUCGGACUACUUAAGGCCACAAGUAAAAAAAUCCAAUCAAUAGAGUUGUCUCUUGAUGUCAUUUGCUUGGGAAGGCCACCCUUACAUGUCGUCCCACUUCUGAGAUAUCGAGAUAAUGACAAUAAUCUACGAUUUUGUGCUCCGUCCUGGAUCAAUGUGUCAUUUUGGCGCUAUUCGUCUCAUUCCAAUGACUCUUGGUAUCCGAGAUGUAAGAUGCACGACCUUCAGAUGAUGGGGCUAACAGAAACGGAGAUGAAUGAAGAGAUAGCCAUUGACUACAUGAACUCACCGGACAAUGUCGUUUCGAUCACUGAGCUAAUGAAGCAAUACGACUAUCAGGCUUUCACGGCUCAUAAAGAUGUUCAAGAGGAACUCAAAACUUCGUUGACGUCAGAAAUCACCGCAGAAAAACGUCGUUCGAAGCCUCCGAGACUUUCGAAGAUGUCAUCCAAGACUACACUUGCUUGGAAUCCUCCGAAAUCAGCUUCGCCCCUGGUGGAGCCCACGGCCCAUUUACAAGUGUUUGGUGAUCUCGCGCAGACAUUACACGCAGCGCCUUCGGUGAGCAUUCAUAGUAAUCAAGUGAACUAUCACGAUCUUGACAACAAGAAUGAUAAUCGUUCGCGAGCCGUCAAUCAGCUCAAAAGUGUAGCAAAAGGUGGAACUAUUGCUCAACGCAUUGCUUCAAGAUUCCGUCCUGAACUCGAUAAUAAGUCAAGAAAGGAAACCAGCACCCCAACCACACGGGGUGAAUUACCAUCUUUACACAGCGGAAAUGGGGGAUAUAAUAACGAAGAGAAUGAAAUUAGCCUAAGUGCUGCCAGUCACUUACCCAUUCUUAGAAAAAACCUUUCCUCUUUACAGAGAUCCGAUCCUCGGAAAGGAAUAUUUGAUCUAGGGUCCUCACCAGUUCAGUCCCUCUCGGGUUCUCCUUCGCGUCCACCCAUUUCAUUUUCGAAUAAAGCCUUACAACGUUCCCACGUCGAGAGUUCACUGGCAACUCUUUACAGCUGGCUGCAGAUUGAAAACCCUUCUAGACCCAUGAGUUCGGAAAGAGCUGGUGCUCUCAUUACGCCUCAGUACAGGGACGUUUACCCAAAGUAUGUUCCAAAAAGAUACACUAAGUGGAGAUCGUUGACAACGCCAGCAGAAUUGCCCGUCACCAUAUCGAGCUUCCCGGCUAAGACUGACUUUGAGCAGAACUUCACUUUCACAAAUCACUCAGUAAUUUUAAAUCCCGAUCAAACGGUGAAAAACCAGACAGCUUACGACCUGUUGAGAGACAUGGUGUAUGUGAGGCUUCUGGCAGGCUUCCAAAUCUGCAUUGGUUCUAGUGUGGAGAAGAUAGAAACAUCUAAAGGCAAAGAGAGUGACAAUCGAAAAGUCACAAAAUACUUCACACGAGACAACUACAUGAACGUUAAGGUGUACAUGAUGUUUGCAGAAGAAAUUCACAGAUUGAGUUGUGACUAUGAUGGUACCAUAGAUGUGCAACGACAUAUUCGUAAAGACAUUUUCAGCUCAUCAAAUGCUAUACCGACCUACAAUCCACAAAUUAAAACACGGUAUGAGAAUUCCUACCGAGAUACCAUGACCGAUCCAUUGAAGUUAGAAAGAGAGAGGUAUAACUGGAAUCAGCUGGAUCAAAUGAUGGCAGGCUACGAAGACUCAGUUAUUGACAAAAACAAAAAGCAGUUUAGGUCGAAAUUUGUCGUUCUACCAUCCGAUAUUUCCUCGAAUACUGUCUCUUCCACUAUCAAUGGCCGAGCUGAGGUGUUGAGUGCUGAAGAAAUCAGGCUGGAAGGUUUGAGGCGUCUCAUCAGUACGAUAUAUCGAUCAAGGUACAAACCUGCCGAUGAAACCUCUGGCAAUAGUUCUCGUAAGGAGGAAAUAGCGCCCGAAAUCCUGUUCUACACAGGCUCACUUUUCAAUUUUAUCGAUGAGCAAACUGAACUUUUGAAGAUGGCAGGGCCCACCAAAAGUGAUAGCAAUCAUCUCAAGGCCAGUGAAACGCUGUCAAAAGGUAUUGGUAUCUCAGAUCUUGCAUACAAGAUUCAAUAUGCAAAGAAUCAUUUGAAGUUGAUAAACCGAAAAUGGCACUGGAAAAAGCAUCAAAACUGUUUCUCUGGUCUUGAAUUAGUGAACUGGUUGAUCGAGAAUUUCUCUGAUAUCGACACUAGAGAUGACGCUGUAUCUUAUGGACAGGAUCUAAUGAACCAGGGCUUAUUUGUGCAUGUCGAAAACAGACACGGUUUUCUGGAUGGACACUAUUUUUACCAGAUAACGUCAAAAUACGUUAAGAGUUCAGAAUCCAAAACUGCUGACAUAGAUGAUGAGACGUUGAACCAGGCCCCAGAAUUUGGAAUCGGAUAUAAGAAGAGUUCGGAUAAUGAGGAUGGUUCUGGCGACCAAGAAGGCAAGACUAAAGCAAUACCUGAAGGUGCUGCUGGACGAGAGAACGACACUGAGGGCAAAAAAUCUGUUGUUCUUCUCAGUAAUGUCAUAACUGUGAAUGCUGAUAUUGGAAGAAGAUCUUACAAGCCGGAAAUUUGCAAAGUUCAUUACGAUAGGGUUCAUAAUCCCGAUCAUUGCUUUCAUAUCAGAUUAGAAUGGCUGACAGCAACUCCCAAAUUCAUCGAUGAUCUUAUCAACAGUUGGGCGAGACUCUGUAAGCGCUAUGGUCUCAAAUUGGUAGAAGUUCCGUGGAAUGAGUUGUGUACUAUUCCUUUAUCCAAUCCCUUUCACACUUUUGUGGACAUAACGCUGGCUAUCAAUCCGUGGGAAGACCCGGACUUUAAAGACGCAAGCUUGAUAGACGAGCGUCCGUACUACUACCAUACCUACUUGCUGGAAAAAAACGGAUUUUUCAUUGACAAUAGAGCGACCAAUCUUCUGCAAAAAGGUGUCGCUGGUCAUGAGGUUGUUUAUUCUUGGGGGUUGCCGAAGUUUAAAUAUGCCCAGUACAUUCACUGUACUGGAGCGUACAUCGCAGAAAUAAGGGAAAACGGGAAUCUUUUCUUGGCGCCCAACAACAGGCAUUUAUCGAGGGUAAACGUCGACUCUGUGAUGUUGAAGGCCAAGCAAAUUCCAAGGUUUGUGCUUGACUCGCAAAAGAUCAUGUUGGCUUUCAAAAAAACUUGUUUGGACUACGAUAGGUUGCAUGAACUUUUUGCUGAAGCCAAGCAAGCAUGGCAAGAGGAGCGCGAAUUUGUAUGA